AUGGAUUUCGACAACAAUGACUAUUUAAAGAUGAGAGAUAUUAAAUUAUCGGAACCAAUAUCUCAUCAAAAGAUAGUGCAACUUGAAAUCCUAAUCCAUUGGAUCUUUAUGGUUUGUUAUUAGUAGCAUUUUAGAUUUCUGAGAAUAAUAACCUUAAUACCAAAACAAUAGAAUUAGCUGUAAUAUUAAUAAAGAUUUAUGUUUCUAAAAAUUAGAUACAAUCAGAUAAUUUAUAAUUGUUGGGAAUAGCCUCAUUAAUGAUUGCUGUCAAAGUAAACUAGUUUUAAUAUCUUAAAUAAGUUUAAUGAAUGCCAAACCUAAAUCAAUAUGAAUAUAGAUGAUUAUGCAUCAUAAUAUAACUUUGAAUUUAGUUCUAAAUAAAUAAUGGAAAUGGAAAUGAGUAUUUUAACACUUGUAGAUUAUGAUGUAAAUAUCACCACAAUAACUGACUAUUAUGAUCAAUAAGAAGUUCAUUCUGAUCUUAUUUUAUUUGUCACUCUUGAUUCAGAUUUCCUUUAUUAUCAAAAAUAUGAAUUGUAUGAAGCUAUAACAAAGUUUUAUUCAGAAGAUACAUAAAACAUACCUAUAAAAAUUAAAAAUGUAAGAAUUCAACCAAAAAGUAGAUCAUCUACAAAAUAAACCAGAAAAUAUCAAAAUUGACAUCAACAGAAUAAAAUAAAAUUCCAAAAAUAAGAAGAAAGAGGAUCUUAAAAAGAAAAUUAAGAAGUGCAUAAUAAUAAUAAGUCAUUUCAAAUAAUAUGCAAUGA